AGCCCGUGGGGUCCCAUGGCGGCGCGGGGGUGGCGGCCGGCGGCGGCGGCGAUCGCUGCGGCGCGGACCGGCGGGGGCGGACCGGGACCGGCACCGGCACCGGGACCGGGAUCGGCCCCUGCCUCGGAACCGGUCCCGGAACCGGCCGCCCCCGCUACAGCCGCGCUCUACGUGCACUGGCCCUACUGCCGCAAGCGCUGCUCCUACUGCAACUUCAACAAGUACGUGGUGCCGGCGGUGGACGAGGCGGCCGUGCGCGCCUGCCUGGUGCGGGAGGCACGCACCCUGCUCCACCUCAGCCAGGUGCAGAGGUGGGUGCUUGGGGAGGUCUCGGGUUGGGGGGGUGCGGGGCCCUUUGGCACCUGCCCGCAGCCUCCCCACCCUCUGCCCUACAGCGUCACCUCCGUCUUCUUCGGAGGGGGCACCCCCAGCCUGGCCAGCCCCCGCACCAUCGCGGCGGUGCUGGAGGCCGUCGCGGGGGCUGCCCACCUCCCCGCCGGCGCCGAGGUCACGCUGGAGGCCAACCCCGGCUCUGCCGGCACACAGCGCCUCGCCGGCUUCAGGGAAGCUGGCGUCAACCGCCUCUCCAUCGGCGUCCAGUCUCUGGACGACGCAGAGCUGCGGCUGCUGGGCCGGGAGCACACGGCGGCGGAGGCGCGGGGGGCCGUGGAGGCGGCGCGGGGGCUCUUCCCCGGCCGAACCUCCAUCGACCUCCUCUUCGGGCUGCCGGGGCAGAGCCGGGACGCCUGGACCCGGGGGCUGGAGGCGGCGCUGGGGCUCUGCGACGACCACGUCUCCCUGUACCAGCUGACGCUGGAGCGGGGCACGGCGCUGGCGGCGCAGGUCUGGGGGGGGGGACUGCCCGUGCCCCCCCAGGACCUCCUGGCCGACAUGUAUCAGACAGCCCGCGCCGUGCUGGUGGCUGCCGGCUUCCGCCACUACGAGGUCUCCAAUUUUGCAAGGAAGGGCGCCCUCAGCACCCACAACCUCUCGUACUGGCGGGCCGAGCAGUACAUCGGCGUGGGGCCGGGGGCGCACGGGCGGUUUGUGCCAUGGGGUGAGGGUGGCCACAGCCGGGAGGCCCGUGUCCAGACGCUGGAGCCCGAUGCCUGGAUGCGGGAGGUGCAGAGCCGGGGGCACGGCACCAGGAGGCGGGUGGUGCUGAGCCCGCUGGAGCAGCUGGAGGAGGUGCUCGCCCUGGGACUUCGCACAGACGAGGGCAUCACCCACGAGCGCUGGGGGCAAUUCUCCCCCCACCUCAGCCUGGAGGCCGUGUUCGGGGUGCCUGGGGAGGCGAAGGAUCUACAGCAGCAGGGCUGGCUGGUCCUGGACGGCGGCGGCCUGCGGUGCAGCUGGGAGGGCCUGGCCCUGCUGGACUCCCUGCUGCCCGACCUGCUCUGCCAGCUGCAGCACCGCUGGGCCCUGCCAGCCGCCCUGGCUGGGGGAGCUGAGGAGAAACCCGACGGGGGACAGAGCCGGUGGCGAAGCCGCGGGGAGCACAACGGGCUCGCGGGGGUUGUGAGCGGUGGAGAAUAAAAUACGAGAGCUGUG